AUGACGGGUAAGAGGACAAAGGCAACGGGAGAUAACCUGGUCAACGCAGGAGCGGCCGAAGCAGCCGGCGAAGGGGGAUCGGGCCAGAUGCUGCCAGCCAACCAAAACGACAUAGAAGCCGCCAGGGAUACUUUGAGCGGGAACAUAGACCAGCCGACUCUUCACCAGCUGCUGCUGGGCGUCCUGUCAGCAGCGCAGGCCAACGCCCCAAAAGCGCCAGCCAGGGAUCCCCGGACAGCACCGCCUCGGGAUCGCUCUCCUGACGUUGUCAUCACAAAAGACGUGACCAUCAUGCCAUCCGCAAGAGAGCAGCUAGCAGCAAUAAGGACGGAAGUUCAAGCGAAUGACGCACCGAAGCUGACAGCCCCACACGAGCAGCGGGAGCAGCUCGACGAAGGAACGCUAAUGCUGCUAGAGACCGCCAUCACCGCGCUGGAUGCGAACGAACCCCAGCUGGCCGUCGCGGGAGAAUGCCUCAAGAUCGCUCAUCGCCGCCUUAAGUGCUACUCCGUUGCUCUGGCCAAGGCGGGCCCAGGAGCCAACGGUAAUUUCACGGCCCCCUACGAAAUCUGGCACGGCAGGCGGCGCAACUUCACCAAGCCCGAGUUCAAACCAGAGGCCAUAGAUAAGGGCGACAUAGAGAGUGCAUUAGCUAAAACGCGCAAGUCGGUGGCGGCGGACAGGGACGGUCAGGCCGGGUCCCUCUGGCGAGGGAGAGACCGGCAGGGUGGAGUGCGGGAUUCGUUUGGUAGUGCACGCCGGAACGACCGCAGCCGCUAUGACCGCUACGACCGGCGCAGCCAGCGUGACCGAAGCCGCUCUCGCAGCCCGGCUAAGCGUGGCUGAUUAGGAUUCUGUUGNGCUUUGUGUUGCUUGACUCUGGCACUGCACCGAUCCUACCCCCCUCCUUUUUUCUUAAGCUCGCUCAGUGGCCCCUCCGUGCAGUUCGCGGUCGUUGUUGUUGCAGGGGCCCACAAGUCCGACAAACAUUAUUGGGUUGGAACGGAGUAUGCUUUGGCCCAGUCUUUGACAAGACUUGUUAUGCUAAGUUGCACAUCCGGUCUCUUCCAGACCUUCCACCGCUAGAAGAUGUCGGACCAAGUUGUACCCUGGAGGGAGGUUUCUUUGUAACGCGCGCGAGCUC